CAUAACAUGCAUUCGGACCCACUUUUUUUACUUGAAUUUUGUAAUAUUUAUACUUGAAAAAAAUAUUUAUUUAUAUUAGCUUCAAUCAUCUCUUUCAGUUUCAUUACUUUAAUAUUAUAUAUAUACAUAUAUGCAUAAAUAUUUGACUAAAUUUAUAUGAUAAGUGCAUAUAUUACAAGGUUUAUCAGGCCACAUGCGGAAAAUGUGAUAUGUAGGAGUGAUAGGAACUCGAGGUGUGGACAUUGGAUUAUUGAUGAGCGAUUUUGUAUAUGUUUUCGAGUUCAACAAUUUCUUUAAGGUGCACAAAAGUCUUACUGUAAUUGGUUACUUUAAUUGCUAUGCAGUAAAGAUUUGAAGUAUGGUUGCAAAAAUACUAUAUAUGUAACUAACAAUAGUUCAGAUAGAAGAUAUACUGUCUGUUUAUAUAUAUUAGUCCUCAUCUAGAAUUUUAAGGAAAACCUGCUUCAGAUUAGACUGACAGUAACAAUGAUCCAAGCAUUUGAGCACAUGAAAAUGUGUGAUGUAUAUAUGGAUAAAUGUAGAGAUUAUUAAUUAAGUUCAAUACAUGAAAAUUGUUUUUUGGCUGAUUGCUUGUUACUUGGAAAAUAUAAAUAAAUAAUUGUAGAUGAGACAUUCGCGCACAUGGGGGCAUGAACACAAUAUAAACUACAAGAUAAGUGAUGUUUUGGUGUGGUACGCCGUAUUACAUUAUUGUCCAUUUCGUAUGCCAAGUACUAAAUUAAUUUUCUCAUUAAACAAAAAAGCAUCUUCAGUUAAUCUUAACUGCGUCUGGUAGGAGAACCAUUUAUAUAGUUUUCUAUGUUUUGAUUAUAGUAUUGAAUCACAUAUACGAAUUUAAAUUACAUUGCUUUAAAAAAAAUUACAUUGCUUAAAAUACGUUUUCCUAUACCUUUUCCCAGCUACCCAUGUGGUGGUUUUAUUUAUAUUGUUUAACAUAAAUUCUCCCACUUUCCGUGCGCCGAAAUUAUUAUUUUUAGUUUUAAUAAUAUAUCUGUAGUUUGUGUUUAUAAUAAUAUUUUAAAAAACUUUAUUUAUAUAUAUGUAUAUUAUUUAUUGUUUAUAAUAUAUAUAAAGUUUUUGACCCUUCAGACCACCGCUAUGGUGAUGCCCUUGUUUGCCACAAGCAUGCACGAACUAUCUGUAUACAAUAUUUUUCAGUAUACAUAAUUUGUUGUUAAAAUCACUUUAGUCUUUUUUCAUCUAAAGAAAUUAUACAUAUAAACUGAAUGUGCAUGAACUAGUUAAUUAUUUCAGAUUUUCUCGGUUAAUGCGUUAAUUAACUGUACAGAAACAAUAUGCGAGAACUAGUUAAUUAACUGAAUGUGCAUGUCAACUUAUGUUAGAUAUGAACUAGUAAGCUACGUGUGAAAUUAACUACUAAGUACCUUUAUAGGAGAUCAAAACAUAGAAUAUCAUCAGGUUAUUUGCUUCUAACGUUUGAACACUUUGAUUAUACCUAAACAGAACAUGCAUGAACAUAAAGAAAGAGAUUGACUCUAAUAUGUCCCUAAUCAAAUCCCAAAGCGAUGUCUGAACUCUUUCCAAAGACUGGUCGUCUUAUCCAACACUACCACAUGCUCUUACUUCCCUACCAUUUCUUUUUCUUUAAAGUGACACUUAUUUAUUCAAUUAAUAGAAUUCAAUCCUUUAUCAUCGCUAAAUUCAUUAGCAUAAUUAUUAAGACCAUGAAUAAUCAAAGGAUAGUUUUCACAUGUCGAAUCUAUCACCUACGAAUGCUUCGUGCGCCAUCCAUUGUAUGAAGAAGAAGAAAACAUACUAUAGUCUUUGAUUCUCUCUUCUAAACAAAUUAUUUAAAAUUAAUUUCCCCAAUCAUCUGAUCAGCAAAAUUAAUUUCUCGAAUCUUAACCCAUCACACUAAUAUAAUUUAUAAAUAAAAAAUAAUACAGGAAACAUAAGAGUAUCUCUACGUCUAUUCCACUUUUCAUUUCUAGUUUUAUUUUGAAAAGUUAUUAACUCUAUUUUACCAAAAAUAAUUGAAGUAAAAAUAUAAUUAUUCCAAAAUUCGAGCAUAGUCAUCAAUUUUUUUUUAAAAAAAAUCAUUUCUUUAAUUUAAUAUUAAAGUAUAAUUCGAUUAUUUUAUACAAUAACUCUAUUUUGAUUUUUCUCAAAAAAAAACUCUAUUUUGAAAAUAGUAAUGGAAUGAAAUAUUACAAAAAUUCUUAGGACCAUAGAGAGGCAAUGUCGUAAAUAUUUUGAGUACCAGUGGCAUUGUGUUAGUUCCUUUACUAUAUAAACUUCGUCCCUAGCAAACUCUCAAAACCCCUCUGACAUUUUCUCUCUUUAAACACUUACUUAACCGGGAAAAAAAAUACUUAACCGGAAAAAAAUGGCUGGAGGUCUCGGGAAAUGCAGUAAGAUACGUCACAUUGUGAGGCUGAGACAGAUGCUCCGACGGUGGCGCGACCAAGCGCGGACAUCUUCUUUCCGCCGCAGCGUACCGUCGGAUGUACCGUCAGGACACGUGGCGGUCUACGUGGGUAGCAGCUGCAGGAGAUUUGUGGUGCGCGCGUCGUAUCUGAACCAUCCCAUCCUAUGGAAUCUUCUGGUUCAGGCGGAGGAAGAGUUCGGUUUCGUUAACCAGGGUCCUUUGGUUUUCCCUUGCGAAGAAUCGGUUUUCGAGGAGUCGAUCCGGUUUAUUUCCCGGUCAAGAGGGUUUACUUGUCCCGAUGAUGUCAAGAAGAACUGCCACGUGGAGAUCAGAAGCGAUCGAUGGAUUGAAUCUCGGCCGUUGCUUAAUGGCGUCUCCGAGAAAGCAAUAUGGUGAUCAUUUUGUCGGCAACGUACGUACAGAGUAAAUAGAGUAAUAAAAAAGAGAGCGGAUACUGACUCGGUUUGACUCGCCAUGGGAGCAGCCAGCCACUUUGAAUAAUCAUGUUCAUGUCAUUGACUCAGGCUCUUAUUUAUUUAUUGGUUUCGUCCUGUGCGAGGCGGCGAGUUUACUGAGCUGAGUUAGACGAAAUACAGAGGAGAUGGCCGUUAAAUGUGAUUUAAAUUGGUGUUGGCUCCGUCUCCUCCCAGUUCAAUUAAAUUGUAUAUAAUUUCUUUUUUAAUUAUUGGAGAAAUUUGAUUUCUGAUUCUAAAAAUCUAUGUGCAAGAUUCCAGCGGAUUAAUGUAUGAACAUUGUUCUAUUUAUUAAACAGUUAUAUGGUUCA